AUGUUCUACAAGCAGCCUGGCGAUGGCUCUGGGAUGCUAAAAGCCAGGAACCACGAGCUGGAGCUGGCCCUCAGACCUCAGAGCGCGCGUUGGGGCGUAGACUUCAAUGAGAAGUGCACAUUUCAGAGAAGUUUGGGGCACUUUAGCAGCAGAAGAGACGUGAUUCAGCGUGCGAAGAUUGUGGAGCUCCUGAAGGCGACAUCGGCGAGGGCGAAGAGCCGCAGACACUCCCCGCUCACCGAUCACUGGCUGCAGCCAAGCUGGAGCGAUAGGAGCCAGCUGACGUCGAGCGAUGAGGCGACGAAGACACUCAUCGUAGUCCCGGGGAACACUCGCUGGGCACCAGAUCAACUCCGGAGAUAA